CCGAACACAACCGUUCUCGCUGGUCGGGCGCGCUCUCUUUUUUUUUUACCUUCUCGUAUCGUUUUGUUUUUUAUUUUUUCGAUUUCUCUCCUACCCCGUCUCCGGUUCCUCACCCUGCCGGUUUCCCCACCACCUCCCCCCUAUCCGCCGUCUUCGAUUACGAUCUACAAUAGUAAUUAUUGUUCGGGUUUCGUUUGCAAGAGUCUACAACGCGAGGACACAUUAACACCAGACACCGGGGACCAACCAGAACCGGCCGUCGACGCACAUGACAGGUCUAGAACGUGGUUGUUGUGCGGGACUGGAUCUUCUUCGAUGAAAAACUGUGUGAUAUAUUUUCUGCUGGACGACUUACCGUAAAGCACACACAAAAGGACCGCACAAAAAGCACUCAUCGCGUUCCGUCGAAGCGAAAUAAAAUAAUAAUAACAACAACAACAGCAACACAAAGCAAAAGACCAGCUCGGUAAAGGGCAAAAGAGAGGAGAAAAAACCCCCCCAAAAAAAAAAAUAAACACAUAACAACAAAAGCUCAAUUCAAACACCGGCACUUUUAUACGCCAAUCAAUAAAUACAAGCAAUACUUACAUAUUAUAUACAUACUUAACAUUUUUUCAUGUGAUUUCACUGUUAAUUUUAAACAAAGCAAGCAAUAUUAUUUUUCUGUGAAAAAACCAACGUGUUGAAAUCAUAAAUAAUAGCGUUUAUUUUUAGCACGGUUUUGUUUUUCUUAUACUUACAUUACUAUUAUACUUAAGGUAUAAUAAUAUUCUCUAAUCGACCGCCAUGCCCCGAUGUUAUAUGGUGAAGAAAAUGGGACCAAAACUGAAAAAUUCUCUUUUCGACGACGGUUCCCGGUCAGACACGGAAUCGCCACCGCCUUUCACCGACCCUUCGUCCGUUAAACUGUACAAGCCCCUGGAAUCCGUCGCCGUUUCCAAGCACAAAGAUUAUUUGAAGUAUUGCUACGAACUAGACCAAAAGCAGAUGUUGUUCAAAGAGAGGAGCAAGGAAGAAACGGAAGCGGCUCACGAUUUGCUAGAACUUUCCAGGUCACUCCCGCCUUUGCCACCACCUAGCACGGUCACCUUAGCGGCUCCCACGCCCCCUGAGACACCGGCCGGUGUGGUUGAUGGAGCUCCUCCGUCUCCGCAAUUCAUCUACGUAUCCGCAGUGUCUGUGCCCUUGACACCUCCUGCGUCUGAGUACUCUUCUGACGCUGAGAACACGCCGAUCACCAUCGAUGGUACCGUUUACAGCGUGGUCGACUACGUCAUCAAAAGGGAAGCAUACGACCCGUUGCUGUCCAAAGACUUGAACGCCGAAGACGAGAAGCCAACCGUGGGACCAGAAACAACCGAAAGUCAUAACUCCAACAAAGGCCGGUACAUGUGCAUGGACUGCGGCAAGCACUACGCGACGUCGUCCAACCUGUCCAGGCACAGGCAAACUCACCGGAGCCUGGACUCGCACUCGGCCAAGCGGUGCGCGACGUGCGGCAAGGCGUACGUCAGUAUGCCCGCACUGGCCAUGCACAUGCUCACGCAUAAGCUGUCGCACGUGUGCGGCUUUUGCGGCAAGAAGUUCAGCCGCCCGUGGCUGCUGCAGGGCCACAUGCGUUCGCACACCGGCGAAAAGCCUUACGAGUGUUCGCAUUGCGGCAAGGCGUUCGCCGACCGGUCCAACCUGCGGGCGCACAUGAUGACCCACUCGGGCGACAAGAACUUUACGUGCCAUUGGUGCCGCAAGUCGUUCGCGCUCAAGUCUUACCUCAACAAGCACCUGGAAGCCGGGUGCGCGCCAGCCUGUCCGCCCGGCCGUGCGAUCGGCGGCGUGGCCACCGCCACCGUCGCCGUCGCCACCGUCGAGGAACCUUGGGACGAUCAGCAUAUCGACCAAUAACGGUGCGCACAGCUGCAGCCGCUCGGCCGGACGUCCGUCAUACGGUUCGCCGCCGUGGCCGCUGCAGCCGACCAAACGCAAUAAGCAAUAUAUUAUUAUUACGAAACCGUGCGCUUCGCCGUAGAUAUUUCGUCCAUGGACGGUUAACGUAUGCGUUCGUGUUGAAGCUUUGCAAAACUCACGUGAAACCGGUUUAAACCGGUAGAUCGUUUUUUUCCCGGUAGCCUUUUAUUAUACAGAGUGAUCCAUUUAACGUGAGACACUCAUUUUUGCAGAAAAUAAUUACACUUUUACAUUUUGAAAACCAUUUUAGCAUUCGCCUUUAUCUUAGUAUAAUAUUCCAGAGCACUUAAUUAAUUUUUUAAAAGGAUAAUAAUUUGACAGUGUUUCGCGUUAAACGGAUCACCCUGUAGGUAAAUAGGAUUAUACAUAUAAUGACUAAAUUAACGUUUAAACUAAACCCCGUGUAAGUAUGAUUUCAAUAAUUCACUGCGAGCGCCAUGGAUUGCCAAAAAACAGCCUCCCCUCCCCGUUAAAAAUUUGUUUUCAACCAAAUAUAGAAAACUGUGACACCAAUCAACGAUUUAACUGAUAUAAUAAUAUAUAGUAAUAAUGAUAUUUGUAAUACUAUUACAAAGUCUUAGAGAGACUCGUAUAUAGAUAUUAGUUUUUUAAGAUUUCUUUCUUUCUUUCUUUUUUUGUAUUUUUAAUUAGGUUUUAGCGGUAUUUUUUAAGGUAAUUUUUUAAUAUUUAUUACCAAAGAAUCCCCACGCCUAUCAUAUGGUAUGCUAUAAUAUCAUUAUGCGCUGAAGGGGCAGUAGUGUAAAAGCAAUAACACAGAAAUGUUUUGAUAGAAUUAUUUUUAAACAUUUUUUAAAUAUAUUAUAUUAUAGUAUUUAUAUUUUGUAGUGUGACGUUUUCCUGUAAAACGUGUGUAGAUUUUUUUUAUACAAUACAUUUUAGACGUUAUUUUUUUAUAGCCGUCAGCGGCGAACGGUUUUUUGUUCGAAGAGAAAAGCCUGUCGUCGCGGUAAGUAGGUAAACGGGUUUUUUUGAACUUAACAAGACUUGCUAAAAUUAUAAAAACAAAAAUUAUAAGACUUAGACACGAUACCAAAAUUCGGCGCGGUCCGACGGGCCAAUGCGGCUUUUGUAUAGGUUAAAUUAUUAUUAUUAUUACACCCGAGUCGGGUGUACUGUGUACGCUUAUAUAUUAAAUAUAGUUUUUUUUUUUUUUUUACAAUUACUUAAGUGCAACGCACAUUACACGACUAGUCAUAACAGAGUUACGUACAAAAAAAAACAAAUUACUUUGGUCGCAAAAACCAUGUAAAAACGUUAUUUAGACUGUGAUAUUCGAGAUAAUACGAUUAAUACAUAAUAUUAUAAUUUAUUAUUAUUAUUAUUAUUGCAACAGUGUUAUCAUACUUUUUAUGUUAUGUAAAAACUCUUAAAUGAUGAUAAUAAUAAUAAUCGUUGUCUGCGAAUUUAUUGCUGCACUGUUUGAUUCUGCGAAAUGUUAUGUUGUUUUUGGAGAAACCGCCCCCCCCCACCCCGAUUACCGCAUAUUACGUUUAUUAUUAUCUCUGUACUGAGAAAACGGUCCCCUAAAUUCGUCGAACACAACGAAGGCAAAGGCCUUUGCCGUUAAACUGUACGUUUCGGUUACAAACUUCGGUUACUUAAUCUAUCAGCCUUUUGUCCAAUUUCUAGUCAAAUACACAUUAGUUUUUUUCGUUUAAGAGUAAAUUAACGACACUUUUUUUUUUAAUACGGAAAUGUUUUUUAAAACUUAAGAAAUUCGUGAGAUUUUUUCGCGCCACGCUAUGUUUAUUUACUCGGUUACUCGAUUAUCUACUAAUCUGCUAGCUUUAUUUACUCGUCUACUCGAUUUAUUUACUCAUUUACUCGAUAAUUCGUUCAUUUACUCGACUAUUUGAUAUAUUACCUGUUUUUACUCGUUUACUCGACUAUUCACUAGUUCACUUGAUGUAUCUACUCAUUCACUUGCAUAUUUACUCGAUUUAUUAACUCAUUUAAUUGAUUUA